CCCAAACACCACAAUCCCCUUCAACAAACGCACCGCACUCCACGGCAGCCAGAAAACACAAUCCACACAGUCUCCGUGAGGUCUGAGCGAGGUAGGACUAGCUCUGAGCGAGUUCUUCCGUCUUCCAGGUAUAAUCCUUGCAACUCUCACUAUCCUCUUCGCAUCGCUCGUCUCUUUUUGAGACUAGUUGGAUUUCUCUUCUUUUUCCUUGGAUCCUACUACCUACUAGAACAGAGCUCCGGAGCCUUUUAGUUUCUGGUAUCUGAUCUACUCAUUUUCUUUUCUUCCCCUUUUGGUGACAUAGGUAGGUCUAGUUAAGAUCUGUCGUGCCAGUUCUUUGAUUUUAGCUAAGAACCAGGCGAUUUAGUCUUCUUCCUUACAAAAAAAAAAUCCCCAGAAAAAAAAGUUGUGAGUAGUAUAUUCUUGUACCAUUUGAUGGCCGCUGCUAUAAAUCUCCCCGGGCCCAGCGAGGAUCUGAUGCGAGCGAUGGAGUCCUUCAUGCAAGACGACGCCCCAUCCCCUCUGGCCAUGCCGCCGGCGCCGUCUUUCCCAGCGGCCGCAGCCCAGUACCCGGCGACCCACCUGAGCCCGGCGCAGAUGCAGUUCAUCCAGGCCCAGCUCCACUUGCAGCGGAACCCGGGGCUGGGCCCGCGGGCGCAGCCCAUGAAGCCCGCCGUCCCAGUGCCGCCGGCGCCGGCGCCGCAGCGGCCUGUGAAGCUGUACCGCGGCGUGCGGCAGCGUCACUGGGGCAAGUGGGUGGCCGAGAUCCGGCUCCCCCGGAACCGCACCCGCCUGUGGCUCGGGACCUUCGACACCGCCGAGCAGGCGGCGCUGGCCUACGACCAGGCGGCGUACCGCCUCCGCGGGGACGCGGCGCGGCUCAACUUCCCCGACAACGCGGAGUCCAGGGCGCCGCUCGACCCCGCCGUGGACGCCAAGCUGCAGGCCAUCUGCGCCACCAUCGCCGCCGCGUCGUCGUCAUCCAAGAAUUCCAAGGCCAAGAGCAAGGCGACGCCAAUCAACGCGUCCGUUCUGGAAGCGGCAGCGGCGUCUCCGAGCAACAGCUCCUCCGACGAAGGUUCCGGCUCCGGGUUCGGGUCGGACGACGAGAUGUCCUCGUCCUCCCCGACGCCGGUGGUGGCGCCGCCGGUGGCGGACAUGGGACAGCUGGAUUUCAGCGAGGUUCCGUGGGACGAGGACGAGAGCUUCGUGCUCCGCAAGUACCCGUCCUACGAGAUCGACUGGGACGCGCUGCUCUCCAACUAGUCGCCCUUCGCCGACAGAUGUGCUGUUGUAGUUCAGUAGUGGCAGUGUCUCUGGCCGCCGCAGAUGAGGUUUUAGGCAAUCUGCAGGCCGCCGGCCCAUGUGUAUUAAGUAGGUUUUGCUCAGUUGUUGGCCCUGGACUUCGCCGGCGUUUUUGUGACCGGCGUCCCCGAGUGCACUGCAUUGGUGUACUGGUCUGUCUGUAAAAAAAAUGGAUCUGUACUUCUAUAGUGUGUAUUCAACCAUUGUUCUUAGUUGUGAUGUUACUCGUGCUGCAAAAUUGCCUUUGCGGAUUUCGUCC